UACCGAUUCAUUCCCACCGACCAAGAGCUCGUUUUAGAAUACUUGGCAAAGAAAGUCAACAAUCAGCCAAUUCCAGUUGCCGAGAUUAAUGAAGUUGAGCUCUACAAAUACAGUCCCGUCUACCUCUCUGAGAAGUAUCCUCAACUUGGAGAUCAAGAGUGGUACUUUUUCACUCCGCGCGACAGAAAGUACCCAAACGGAAGUCGGCCCACGCGUUCGGUUAACGGAAUAGGGUAUUGGAAGGCCACUGGUGCCGAUAAAUUAAUCAUGUGGAAAGGUGAACUUGUGGGAAGGAAGAAGGUUUUGGUUUUCUAUCAAGGCAAACCUAAAAGUGGAAACGAAAGAAAGACCAAUUGGAUCAUGCAUGAGUACAAGCUUAAUGCUCCUUCCAAAAGCCCCGGUUCCAAUAACAUGAGGUUGGAUGAUUGGGUGUUGUGCCGAAUAUACGAAAAGAUAGAAAGGGCUCCGAAAAGAAAACCGAAAGAUGUAAACGAUGAGGAAGAAGAAGAAAAUGAAGACAACAACAGCAACAACAACAUUAACGACGAGAGUAGCAACAAUGUUGUUGAACUCCCCAACAACAAUAUCUUUUGCGAAAGCCAAGAUCACAUGUUGAUGAUGGAUAAAUAUCAGCAGCCUUCUUCGUUUAUAAAUAAUCCAGCACCUAUUCUUAAUCCCACACCCAUUGAUGUGAGCUGCUUUUAUGGUCCGAAUAGUCUUUACUAUGAUCCUCAGUACCACCACCUCGUCAGUCAGCCACAGUUGAUGUGGAAUUCUCGAUGCCAACUGCCAGAUUUUGAUUGGACCUUUGGAAGUAGGAAUAGUAACAAUAAUAAUAAUAAUAAUAAUAAUAAUAAUAAUAAUAAUAAUAAUAAUAAUCUACAGCCUUUUCCUUUUGAUGCCGAUGUCGAUGAUAGUUUCAGCAUCGAUGAUUACUUGAGAGCGGCCGCGGAAGAGGGCACUUCGGAUGAUCAAAAAUUGGGGUCUAAGAGAAGGAAAAAU